GAUUAAGCCGUUCCAGUACUAACUAACAUCAAGGAACUCGAAGACUCCACAAUCCACAGUGACCAGUCUCAAACAUUCGGUGGACCGCUUAAAAUUUAAAUCUGAGCCGUCACUUUCCCGAGAAAAUCGAGAGAGAGCAAAAAAAUGGUGAGUGGUCCUUCUCGGAAAUGGGCCUAUGUUCGGAUCAUCACCGGCACUAUUCUCGGUGGCGUUCUCGGCUUCUACGUCACGCACCGCCUCGAAAUUAGCUAUAAGGAGAAAAUGAAUGAGAGAUUGAAAAAGUAUGAAGCUGAAUUGAAGAAUAGAGAGAAGAUGGAGGAGCUUGAAGAAUCCCUUUAGCCAUGUAGUCUACUUGAAUUUUUGUAGUUUUUUUUUUUUUUUUUUUUUUUGUGGGUCUUGUUUGGUAGCUGAGAAAAUGUGGGAAAGUUGGAAGAAAUAAAAUUUUGGAAUCUUUUAUGUUUUAUGUUGUUGUCUCAACUAAACUAUAAGCUUUGUUUAUAGUGUUUGUUUCAGAAACCCUUUUUUUGGGCAAAAACAGCAUCUUUGUUUGUGUGUGUGUGUUUUGGAAAUAUGAAGGACUAGGGCACAAGCUUUGAGGGAGGAGAUCAAGAGGGCUUGCUAUGUUGCUGGGUUGAAGCAAUUGCAUCAGACUGAAAACUAAGAAGGAGAUCUUUACUCAAGUGAAUCCCUAAUAAAAUCGUGUCAAGCUAUUUGAAGACGCAUUGAUGUGACUGUCCAGUGUGGCAUCAUUGCUGAAAUCUCAAUGUCAAUUCAGUGAACUUGUGAUUGGAUGUCAUGUAUUUUAGAAUUAAAAAAGAAAAAAAUAUUUCUCGAUUUAAACCUCAUUGUGAUGCUUUAAGUUUCUA